AUGAAGAAGUCACCACCACCAUCACGUUUACACCAACAAGAACCGCCAUCACCAACAGGUCCACCAGUACCGCUGUUUCACCAACAAGAACCGUCGCAGCUGCUACCGCAACCACCUCCACGACCACCACCGCUGUUACAUACCCAAGAACCGUCGUAUCAGUCACUGCCACGACCACCACCGCCGUUACACCAACAAGAACCGUGGCAAGCGCCAAGGCUACGUGGUCCCGUGAUCACAUAUAUCCCAGGCAAACCCCCAUCCUCCACUCCUCUGUACACGUCAGCACCAAACUACACGUCACAAGCGUUCGAUGAAUCUCCGGCGAUGGAAACGUGUGCUGAGUUGGAGAAAACUAAACCGAGACUAGGGUUUGCGGGUGACGUAGAGACCACGUAUCAACAUUAUCAUCAACAACACCGAAUUAACCAACGACCAACAAAUUUAUCUCCAAGGUCCUCUUCGUUAUGGACGGAGUUAACUUCUACGUUCAGUCCACAAGAUUUGGAAUUCCUCGCUUCAUUGAUUUUGUCGCCGUCCACGUACGGUAAUCACCAGAGACAGCAUCAGUCUCCGACGUCGUCCAUCCCCCACUGUGACGGUGAUCCUCUGAAACGUCCUCGUUUUAACUUGGGUAAUGCUAAAGUGUCUUCCUUUUUUUUCCUCCCCACCGCUCGGUUUGUGGAUUGUACAAUGUUGUACACUUUAAGGAGCUACUUUGCAAGUGGGCAUUGUUGUGUUGAGUCUCAGGUAGACAUUGAACAUCUUUCCACCUGUUAUAAGUCUUAA